AUGCCCAAUCCGGAUCUGCAGUCGUACAUCGCCUCUCGGUACCUGUCGGGACCCAAGGCUGAUGCGAUCCUCGCGCACACUAGUGGCGAUGGCAAGCCCAAGCGCAAGAAGAAAAAACCCGCCCCCGAAGCUGCCUCGACGGGUCUCGUGUUCAAGGACGACUCGGAUGCGUGGCCCAACGCCGCUACCACCUCGGACGGCGAAGAUGAGGCCCAAGUUGUAGCUGAUUCUGCUUCUGGGUCUAGCGGCUUCAAGAAGGUCGGCACUGCAAGCGCCGCCACCACUAGGGCAUCUGAAGCCGACGCUGCUGCGGCGGACAAUGCUGGUGGGGAGGUGGAGUUCAAAGCGGGGCUUCGGACCAAAGAAGAGAUGCGUGCAGCACGACUUGCGCGCGAAGAACGUCGUCGUACCGCUCCCUCGUCGCCUCCUCAAACAGCCUCGGUGGAGCAAGGUGGGGAGGAGGAGACGGUGUAUCGCGACUCUUCGGGACGGCGGAUCGACGUCCACGCGGCCGAACGCGAAGCCGCGCUCCACGAAGCCGAGCAGCGUCGCAAAGCGGCCGAGCGCAAAACAUGGUCCCAAGGUCUAGCGCAGCAGAAGGCAGCCAAGGAAGCUGCGACUCAACUCGCCUCUGUACGUGAUCAAACCGUAGCCCGCCGCGUUACAGACGCCGAGUACAACCGCCACUUCAAGGACCAGCUGCAUGCAGACGACCCCGCACUCGCCUUUCUCACAAAGAAGCGAACCCAAGGUCCAGCCAAGCCCGCUUAUAAGGGUCCAUGGCCCCCAAAUAGGUUCAACAUCCCUCCUGGCUACAGAUGGGACGGCGUAGACCGCAGCAACGGCUUCGAAAAGCUGCUCAUCGAACGAAAACACGCCCUCGCUGCUCAGGAACAACAGGCCAGAGCAUGGGGUCAGUCAGACAUGUAA